GGGGAAGGCAGUCAUUUCUCGAGCAAUCUUCCAGGAUCCUGUAGAGAGAAGGGGAGUCCUGGAAGAAAUGCAGUGCAAGAAGUCCAGAGUGUGCACUGCCAAGGGCCUGGGACACGCUGGUGCCUCUGAGCCCAGGGAAUACCCACAGCCCUUGUCUCCGUAGGUCCGUUUCCUGGACUGAGGGCUGCAUGGUAGCUGCACUCCCUUCCCCAGCAGGCUGCCUGCGAGUAGAAAGAAGCCAUGGCCCAAGGAGGAGCAGCAGCACGAGGAACUGCCAAAGUCCAGGACCGGGGAUGGGCAUGGAUGGUCCUGGUGGCCUCAGUGGUGCUGCAGGGGCUGACGCUGGGCUUCCCCUCCUGCAUCGGCAUCUUCUUCACUGACCUCCAGCAUGAGUUCCAGGCCACCAACAGUGAGACAUCGUGGUUCCCCUCCAUCAUGGUUGCUGUGCUGCACGCAGGCGGGCCUCUGUGCAGCAUCCUUGUGAAGCGCUUUGGCUGCAGGUUUGCUGUCAUGGUGGGAGGGCUGCUCAGCAGCGUGGGCAUGGUGUCCAGCUCCUUCUGCAAGUCCCUCAGCCAGCUUUACCUAACAGCUGGCCUCAUCGCUGGUCUGGGGUCAUGCUUCAGCUUCCAGGCAGGAGUGACUGCACUGGGAUCCUACUUUGUGCGGUGGCAAACGCUGGCCAAUGCCGUGGCGUCCACCGGUGUCUCUAUUGGUUUCACACUGUGGCCGCUUCUUUCUCAAUACCUGCUAGAUGAGAUGGGCUGGAGAGAUACUUUUCUUAUCUUUGGAGGAAUCCUGUUGAACUGUUGUGUUUGUGGAGCUAUUAUGAGACCAGUGAAGUUUGCACUGGGAUCACUACUGCAGUUUUCCAGUACAGGAGAGGAGCCAGGGAGAAGAGCAGAAGACGCUCAGCUGUCCAACAGAGCACCUUCUCACCUAAAGCUCCAGGAACAAACCAGAAAGAUCACAUGUUUCCAGGUGCUGCAGAACUACCUGGCUCUUGAUAUCUUCUGUCAAAACAAAAGGUACCAGAUUUACACGAUUGGAGUGACAUGGAUGAUGACGGGGUUUGCGUUACCCCAUGUCUACCUCGUACCUUAUGCCAUCCAGAAUGGGUUGGAGGAACACAGGGCAGCCCUCCUCAUCUCCAUUAUUGGAUUCAUCAACAUCUUCAUGCGCCCUCUGACAGGGCUGCUCUCAGGACAAACAAUCUUCACAGGGAGACGCAUCUACCUGUACAGCCUGGCCGUGCUCCUGUAUGGGCUGGGCAAUUUCAUUUGUGUCAUCUCAGCUGAAUUCAGCAUGCUCAUCUUCUACUGCGUCAUCUUCAGUAUAGCCAUGAGUGGCAUUGGAGCCCUCACAUUCCAGGUGCUGAUGGAUGUGGUGGAGAUGGACAGGUUCUCAAGCGCUCUAGGGCUCUUCACCAUUCUGGAGAGUAUCACUGUUCUCAUUGGACCCCCUCUGACAGGUCUCCUGGUGGAUGCAACCCAUGAUUUCCGCUAUGUCUUCUACACCUCAAGUUUCUUCCUGAUAUCAGCUUCAUUAUUCAUGGCGCUCAGCUUCUAUGCUCUGGAAAAAAAUAACAGAUUGAAAGACACCUCAAAAGUACCUCCAGAGAAGUCUGCCAUAUACAGUGAAACGCCAAAUGAAUCACAGUCUGAAAGUCAACCCACUCUAGCAGUUGUGCACGUCACAAGCAUAUGAGAAUAAAUAACAAUUAUGCUGCUGUACAAAGCCUCACGAGACCCAGCCCUGAUGGCAGAUGAGAAAACAAGUGUCUGCAUCCCACAGCCGUCACCCUUCCUCCCUGCACAUCCGUUCAGUGGGGCUGUGUUAGACUCCACGCGAGCAACGCAGACCUGAGCCCAACAGGCAGUGCCAGCCAAAGGACAGACAGAACUGUGCUGUCCUAAAGCAGGCCACAGGACAACAACAUCCAUGGCAACCAGCUCUGAGAAAUAAAAGUAAUGUUGAUUCAAUUGA